AUGGAAGAAGAAAAAGAGAGUACUGCUGGAGAGACAGUUACGGAGAUGGCCGUUCAACCAACCGGAGAAAGUAUACCUCCAGAAUUGACAAAGGCAGACAUCGAAUUGGAGACGAAAUUAUCCCAGCUGAAAUUGGUUGCGAGAAGGUCAGAUAAAAUCCUGGCAACAGGUAAGCGUGAAACUAUAAAACGCCAUAUCGAAACACUGCAAUCUGUAAACACCGCGGCUAACGAGUGCAAGCGCAAAGUUGAGGAACAGAAAAUCGCGAGAAAAACAAGCAUGAGCGAAAUUUCCGAUUGGAGCGACAGUGUUGAGGUGACACUCGAAGUAGCUGAUUUACAGAUUUCAAAGUUGAGCGAUUGGUUAGCUGAAGAGAAACGUAACGCUAAGGCUGCAGGACUAGAGCAGCAACGUGAAGCAGAACUAAAGUUGCAUGAACAGAAACUACGCAUGCAAAGGGAAAUGACCCCACCCAAACCGGAAACUCAGGAAUGCCCAAGUCGAAACGCAAAGCUACCGAAACUUGUGAUUACGAAGUUUAAUGGGUCAUUUAAAGACUGGCCUAGGUUUUGGGGACAAUUUACCGAAGGGAUUGAUAAGAGUUCCGUGGCCCCCAUUACCAAGUUUACGUAUUUGUUAGAAUUAUUGGGUCCAAAGGUCAAAACAUGCGUCGAGUCCCUGCCCUUUUCAACCGAAGGUUACAAUAGAGCCAAAGCCAUUCUCCAAGACAAUUACGGCAAGGAAUCCGAGAUUGUCAAAAGCUAUAUAAGGGAGAUUCUCGAUCUACCUCAUAUUCGAACAGUAACCCCCGUAGAAUUGCCGAAUUUAGUGAGACUUUGA